UCUCCGUUAACAACUAAUCUCUUUAUUUACGCAUCCCACCUCUCGGAUAGGCUCCUUGGUGCAGCAUGUGGACGACAUGGGUGCUGGUGUGUGUUGUGGUGCUGGCGUGGCUGCACGACACACACGGUACCUACUUCAUCUCUGGUCGGGAGUACAGCGGGGUUCUUCCUAGGUCAAUCUUGACCUCAAAUAUAAUUGCCAAGCAGACUCUUCAAGCUGGUGGGAAACUGAAUGCCGCUGGGUUGCUGGAGUGUAGUCGACUGUGUAUCGCCACUGCAGCUUGCUCGUCUAUCAUCAUACAAACAGCCACAAAUACUUGUUACCUCACCUCACUUGACCGCUGCUCACAGCCAGGCAACCUGCUGCUUGUGUCGCCGGGUUAUUUCUACUAUGAGAGAUUUGAUGGGCAGAGUAUAUCUCCUCCCACUUGCUACUCCAGGUGCUACCAGGCCAGCGGCUGUGAGAAGUGUGGUCGUCAGUUCUGCUGGGGCUGGCAGAUACCCAACAAAGUCAAAGGUCCAGCCCUCAUCUGGUCAUUCGACCUGACCAGUGUCUUAGAGGUUCAUUGUGAUAACAAUUGGCAACUGUUGUGGAAAUCGGGCGACUCGUCUCCACGAAACACCCCACCAGAGCCAUUGCAACUCAAACUCUUCUUUCGCUACAUCGGAGACAGUAAAGCAGAAUCAUUAUUUAGCUCGGUGAGCUCUGUCAGCGGCAUGCUCACCGUUGGAAGUUACGUUGGAGGUAACGGGGGUAACUGGUGGAAUGCUCCGUUUGAAAAUCGUGCUCUGGCAUACAACUCGUCACAGAACUGUAAGCCAUUCUUCAACCCUACGAGUGAGUGCGAGGCCAACAACAUCACGGCAGCUGAGGAACAAAUAAGUCUCAGCGGCAACGUGACCGAGCGAGGCUUCGCCUGGCUCACUGGUAACCAGACACUCGAUCAUUUGACACUUUCCUCGAUCGAACUGUGGAUGACGUGCACUACCUGUCCAGUUGUCUCAAAAUAUGGCAAAUAAUAAGAAACACAAAUGUUGAA